AAUUAACAGGCAGUGUGAACAAGUUUCAUUCUCAUUCCACAUUCGGAUACUAUCAAAACUCCAAAGCGUACAACAAUGGAACAGAUGUGACGAUUUCAAAACAAAACGCCACAAAUGACAACACCAAGGACAAUCCAAACAGAACCAGUAAACAAACAUUUAUAGAUUUCCGUUUUUUAAGUUAUUAAUCGAUUUAUUUCACAUCUCCAGUAGUAACAAUCAACAACAAAAGCAUUCGUGUAAUAGAUGAACCUGGCAUCAACUAGCGAAUAUGUUAGAAAUGGACGUAAGAACUCAGAAAUUAGAACAGCAGAGGCAGCUAAUGGAGCAGAAAAUGAAGCAGAAGCGACUUACUUCAGGCAUGAUUCAGGCUUCCGAUGUACGGGGAACCUCGGCCAAAAGUCGGUCCUGUAACAUCAACCAAAAGGAACUACAUGGGUAUGAUGGGCCUUUGCAGUAUGCUAUGGGACGAGACAAUAAUCCUGACCAAGUUAUAUCAAUACUGACUACAGCUGAUAGCAUGGACGGGACAGUUGUGGAGGACAUCACAGAUAAUGCCAAUGACCUGAUGGAUAUUGAAGAUGAAGAAUCAUCUCCUGUAGCAUCUACCCCAAACAACAAUGGAAACAUACCAAUAAACCCCAUUGAUGACAAAACAAAUUUUAUCCAUCAGACAAAUGGGGCCCCGGAAGCUGAAGGUGACAUUGAAGGUAAUGUAGACAAAUUUGUCCUACAACCAGCACUAUUGAAAGUGUUGUAUAAAUGCCGCAUUACCAGGGAUAGGAAAGGUAUGGACAGAGGGCUGUAUCCAACAUAUUUUUUACACUUGGAGAAGGAUUAUGGAAAGAAGGUGUUUUUAUUGGCUGCUAGGAAAAGAAAAAAGAGUACCACCAGCAAUUAUUUGAUAUCAACGGAUCCUACGGAUCUGUCAAGAAGUGCUGAAUCAUUUGUUGGUAAAUUGAGAUCCAACCUCUUAGGCACCCAAUUUACAGUUUAUGACAAUGGUGUCUCACCUAGAAAGGCAAAUCUGAAAGAGGACAUUCUGCCACGACAAGAACUGGCCUCUGUUAUUUAUGACACAAAUGUCCUUGGAUUCAAAGGACCUAGGAAAAUGACUGUUAUUAUUCCUGGAAUGGUAAAUACUUUUAUUUACGCUGAUGAGCAGAGAGUGCAGAUCUAUCCUCAGGACGAGAGUGAAAGUUUGAUUGAAUCCUGGAAAGCAAAAAAUAUGGAUAACCUGAUAGAACUUCAUAACAAAACGCCAGUUUGGAAUGAUGAUACCCAGUCAUAUGUUCUGAAUUUCCACGGAAGGGUUACACAGGCUUCUGUCAAAAAUUUCCAAAUUGUGCACGAUAGUGAUCCUGACUAUGUAGUUAUGCAAUUUGGUCGGGUGGCGGAAGACGUGUUUACAAUGGACUACCGAUAUCCGUUGUGCUCAUUGCAGGCUUUUGCGAUCGCGCUAAGCAGUUUUGACAGCAAACUGGCAUGCGAAUAGCACGCAGCGCCACCUACAUCUGUCCGAAUGUGCCUAAACUACGAGCUUAAGCAAAUUGCCUACGUUACUGUAAGGGUAUAUUUUUGGUGAUGGACGAUUGUUUCCUUUAUUUACAUUCUGGUUUUACUACAUACCAUUUACCAGAAUUAUUCGUACAGUAUGAUGAUACGGCGACAUGACAUUCGGAAAAAUUCAAUUGUCAAUUCAUAUAUGUGAUGCUAUGAGCAAUUUUAAGUGAUCGAUAAAUCAUAACCGGUCGCGUUUGGUUUCAACUUUUUUGUUUUGAGCGACGCAGUUUGUAACAUCUGUGAAAUGAUGGCGUCAUGAAGUGGCCUUUCAUGAUGUCACGGUUACUGACAGUUAAGACGAAUAACAACCUUGCACAGGUGGUGGUUUCUAUGCGGUUGUGAAUGUCAAACGUCAACCCAAGAAUAUAUUAUGACCCUUUUCUGUAAUUUUGUGCCUUUUGUGUUUGUUUUGUGAUUUAAAUUUUUUGUGAAAAGUUCUCGAUAAAAAAAAAAACGAUCUCAGAUGACAACAGGCGUAGAACUACUGAGUUUCUAUGGAGUCAUGAAUUGAUUUUUUGUGUGCAAAGUUUAAAAAGUAAUUAGGUGUGUUUUUAAUAUCACAGUAAAGUAUUUACUUAUAUAUGAACUAUAUUUAUAAUCGAAGAUGCUGGACCACAAAACAGUGUAGCAACUCUGUUCUCAGGUCUCUGUUCUGUGUCAUAAGGGCAAAUGACAGAAUAAUCAAGUGCAUAACCAAGGAAUAAUCACAGUUCAUCGCUCAAAAUUGCUUCUUGAUCUAAUAUUCUGGAUUAAUCUGUCUUGUCAAAUACUGCUGAGCUUACCGAGACUGAUGUAACCAAGAACUUUGCAUCUUGAAUUUGACAGCGUUUGCGUUUUUCCAUGAAAAUGCUCAUGUUACAAAUAUUGUAAGUUGUUCGAAAUGAAAUAUGUACACCUGACUUUUCAAUCAUUUAUGUUUUUGUUUUCACCAUGUCAAGCGCAAAAUUUCACAAGGCAUUUCUAUUAACUAUGAAUGGCUGGCAUACUUUGGAGCAAAAGAUGGACUAUAGCAAUUUUUUUCGAAGGUGUUAUUGCUUAACAUAUUCUACCUGAGAUCUAAUCUCAAUCAAUGGUUAUAACUUCUUUUCAUCUCAUCCUAUUCGAUUCAAGGAUUGCUGUUUUUAGGCACAACUUUCUGCUGGAAGGAAUAUUGUAUGCUAAGUCAGCGUAUUGUAUUUGACAGUUGUAUGUAUUUCCAAAGAGAAAUCUCAUUCAUGAACAUGUAGUAAAACCAGGUGCCAUUUACCAUUUAGUAUUAACGUGUGGCGGCAUUGCAUUUGAUAUUAAUAAAUAUUUCGAUUUCAAAAUAUGUUUUGAUCUAAGGAUUGGUCAAUUAGUGAAUGAACUGGGAGUUCUCAGUUUCUUCCGCAAGCAGUUGGUACGUUGCUUGCCCAAAUUUUAACGUACAUGUUGGUGCAAACAAAAUGUGAAUAUAUUUUUCCAUAUCAGGGAAAAUGGAGCAUAUGGCAACAUCGCGUCAUAGUAGUAACAUUGGAAGUAUUUCAAAAGCCUUCCUCAAACUCUUGAAUACUAUCAAUAGAGCGUAUUUGUUCCAAUUUUCUUACUAGAGGAAAAAUACCUCACGACUCAUUUUUUACGUAAAUUAAGUUUUCUUAAUACUGAAUCUCCGAAUAUAUUGCCAUGAGUCAUGUUAUACGUAUUUUUCAAACUUUAGUCGAUAAGACUUUGGAAAUAAUCUAGUCGUUUGAUACUUUUAAGUUGCUUCAUUGCACACCAAGCAUAUUAUUCAACAGAAAGGCAUAGAGUGACUAUAAUUGUCGGUAUUAAAUUUAGAAAAAAGUUGAAGAAACAUUCUGGGUAUCAAUCUAUCCUAAUUUGUUAGCAUUGACUUGAAGAAUUAAAUAUUUGAUGUGCGAAUUUUGUAGGCACUUGAAACUUGCCACUAAACUUAUAGCCUAGUUGUAAUUUUUUCAACGGAAUUUUCAAAUGAGGUUUAACACUAAAAUAUAUAAUAUAUAAAAACCAGAAGUACAUGGAGUUAGUUAGGCUCAGGGUCAUAUUUGUCAUAUCUAAGGUUAGGAACAGACAAACAUGUCAGUUGCUGAUCAGUUUACGUUUACAGAACAUUAUAUCCCAAUAAAAUUUCCUUAGUAAAAAUUCCUCAAAAUUUGGAGAAAAUCCCCCAAUAUGACAACCCUGUCAAAGCACCACUGGUACCUCGGGCGUCAAGUUUCGAGGUCGACCAACAUUGCCGUUGUUUCUCCUGGUAUAGGCUCCACGCUCUCAAGUUUCAUAAACCGUAUGUUUCACAAAUGUUUGAAAAUAUUAGGUGAAAAUUGAUCACAGUUUUGAUGGGAUAGUGUGUUCCAACAUCAAGGUGCUAGCCUCUUUGUAUAACAGAUGCACAAUUUUAAUGAGAUAAUAGCGGAGCUUCUUCAAGUAAAGGUAUGACACAAAUAAACAUUACAUUAUGUCUUGAUAAUAAUCAACAUUUAAAUGUUCGAGUACAGUUAUAUGCCUUUUUUAAUAUAGUCACUCUAAAGCCUUUCAACACGGAAUUCAACGAGUUUGGUUCGCACUUUAGCAGUUAAGGAGCACUGUCGCUUACUGAAGAAAAUCAGUAUUAAAACAUAUGUAUAUUGAGUGUUUGUGUUGUGUGCAUUUUUUUGAAACAUUACUACUGAUAUUUAUACUUGAAAAUAAGGUCUAAGUAGCUCGCCGAAUCUAUCAAAAAUACUGCUACUUUUUUUGAGACUUGUUUAAGUCGUUACAUGUUUAGAGAACUGUAAAAAUACAAUAGUUCCAGGAUCUUUAGUACCAGAAGCACACCAUUGAAUUUUUCAAAAAGAAGAAACCUAUCUGCUUUAGGUAAUCACCUUGAUAC